CCCUUCACACCUCGUUUUACACUUUCUCUCUCUAUAUAAGCACCCCAGCAUCAUCUCUCUCUUUCUAUAACUAGAUUUUGUUGGAAAUAUACUAUUUUGCUGAUGGAGAGCCAAAACAUGUCUAGCAAUGGGGUGAGAUCAGAGGGUGGCAAUAUUGAAGUGAAGGUGGCUAAUAAAAGGAGUGUGAGUUGUUCAGAAUUUGUGUUGAGGCUUUUGGCCUUUGCAUUCACUCUGGUGGCGGCAAUCGUUCUUGGGGUUGAUAAGCAGACCAAGGUUGUGCCACCGUUAAAUGUUCCGGUCACUGCUAAGUGGAAUUACUUGUCUGCCUUUGUGUACUUGGUUGUGACAAAUGCCAUAACAUGCUCAUAUGCAGCACUCUCUUUGGUUCUCACAUUGGCCACAAUGGGUAGAAGGAAAUGGCUUUCUCUGAUGAUCAUCAUCCUCGAUUUAGUGAUGUUAGUACUGCUCUUCUCUAGCAUCGGAGCCGCCACUGCGAUCGGCAUCAUUGGCUACCAAGGCAACUCGCACGUGCGUUGGAACAAAGUAUGCGACGUCUUCGAUAAAUUUUGUCACCAAGUGGCUGCUGCCAUAGCCAUGUCUCUGCUUGGCUCAUUGGCAUAUCUCUUGCUGGUUAUGCUUGCUGCUUUCAAACUUCACAAGAAAUAUGAGUAGAAUGUGAUGGAGCAAUUUGAUCUCUCUUGAGCAUGUUUUGGUUUCUAUUUGUGGCUAAGUGAAGUUGUUCUCUAGUGAGUGUGGACUAAAAUCCAUAAUGUAUGGUAGGUUUUUUUUCCUUCUUUUUUUAAAAGGUCAUGUGUGGUAGAUUUCUUUUGUUGUUUGCUUCAUUUGUGAACUUUCAUAAAUGUAAAAUGGUCAUUAUCUCAAAAGUUCCAUAUGACUAAUAUAUGGAAUUGCAUGAAUAUUGAUUUGGAUAAUACGCAGCUAUUCACUGGUGAGUAGGGUGAAACUUACAUCAUCACAUAAAUAUAUUUUAAAAAAAAAAAAACAA